AUGAAACUAUUCGUUUGUCUUUUGUGUAUCAUUUUUUUCUCAAGUUUUCUGAAAUCACAUGCUGAAGAUGACCAAAAACAGUUCUUAGAAGCUCACAACACGGUCCGUGCUCAAGUUGGGGUUGCUCCUCUUGUAUGGAACCAAACAUUAGCGUCAUUCGCCCAACAGUUUGCCGAUAAAGUCAAGCAAAAAUGUGAUAACACAAUGAAGUCAGGCGGACCAUAUGGGGAGAACACGGCGGGAGGAUACGCGGCAUUUAGGAUCAUCGAUGCUGUGAGCCAGUGGGUGCAACAGAAGGAAAACUAUGAUCAACAAUCAAAUGUGUGUAAGAAUGGAAAGGAGUGUAAGCAAUACAAACAAGUGGUUUGUAAGGAGAGUAAAUAUAUCGGAUGUGCUACUAUACUUUGUGGGGCUGGUUGGCCUUUUGUAGUUUGUGAAUAUGAUCCUCCUUGUUCAGGGUAAAUA